AACUGUGUACACGAUAUCUCAUCUCCCAAUUAACGGAAUGACUUGAAAUUUAGAACUAUAUUACUAUAUUUGGAACUAUAUAGAUACUAUUUGUAUCUAUAUACUUGUAUGUUAAUAAUAGAGGUACAAAAUUGAACUGUAUGUCGAAUUGUCCUAUUUGUAAUAUUCGUGAGAGAGAAGAUAUAGAACAUUUCUUAGUACGCUGUCCAAUGUAUAACUCUAUUCGUUCCUACUUUCUUGGCGAAUUCAUCCAAAAUGUUGUGUCAGAUGCCGACAAAGUAAUGGUACUUCUAUCAAAUUUGAGUGGGAGGAAAAUAAAUAGAGUAUUCCUUUAUCUAGUAAAAGCAAUUGAUAUUCGCGUCUUGAUUUGUAGUGUUGAUACUUGAGUACGUGAUUUCACAAGUGGGAUUUCCUGUAACUCAUAUAAAAUAUGUGUGAUGAUUGCUAUUGCAUGCCCCAAGUAAAAUAAUCACAUUUUGUUUUGGCUUAAAAAUUGAAUGUCCAUCCAAGUUUAGUGUAGUCUUAUUGUAUAAAUCAAGUAAUUCGUUCUAACUUAACUACCAUCAUUAUGCUCAUUAGAAUGCCUGUGGUUUUCUUACAAAGGAUAGGGGGAGGGAAUGUGGAGGACGCGGUUCGGAGAGCACUAGUCCGACUGGUUACUAAUGAAGUGGCCACAAACUUCAGCUGGGAAGGCAGGAAAGGGAAGAGGGCCUUAAACAGCCUUCUGAUUAUUAAAACCCUGGAGAAAGUUGUUGCUGCGUCGCAUACAGACUUUACCAGCAAGCUGUUUGAAAUACGGGUGAAGGAGUGGUUCCGGCAGUCUGGAACCAGAAUUUAUAAUCUAAAAAAAUCUACAAAAAAUAAUACCUUUCACUGAAUUUAUUAUUUAAAUAAAUAUGUAUUUUCAAGCUGUA